AUGGGGUUUCCGGUCGAUGGGGAGGAUGAGGACGACGCGCUCGCGAUGGGGAUGGGGAUGGGCGUGGGCGUCGGUAUAGGCGUGCGGAGCCGGGAGGAGCGGGCGGAGAUGGCGGGGUUGAAGGAAAGGUUUAAUGGGUGGGUCGAUGUUGCUGUUGCGAUGGGCAAGUCCCAGGUGCUGCUGAUCAAGGCGUACAACGACGCGAGCGCGUUCGUGCCGUACAUCAAGGACACGGAGGUCUGUGCGGGUGUUAUCAACGCACUGGCCGAGCGCGGCCAAGACUCGAUCCUCGAAGCGCUCGACGCGCUCGACGCGUUCGCCAAGGCGCAGCGGAAGCGCGAGGCCGCGAUCAAGGCGAAGAGGGAGAGGGAGGCGAGGGCGGCGGCGCAGAAGGCUGCUUCUGGCGCUUCGGGGUCGGGAGCGGGAGCGGGAGGUGCUUCGGGAUCUGGGGAGGCGGGGCCGAGUUCGGGUGCGGGGCCGUCUGGAUCUGGUGGAAGUGGAGGAGGCGGUGCGAAGAAAAAGACUACGCGAUCUUCGACAUCCGCUUCAACAUCCACCCACCCCCACACGCACACUCAUACGCACAACCACCCGCCCCUCCCAAUCCCCGUCAUAUUCGGCGGGACGACGCCCGCUGGCGGAUGGGGGUUCGUCGCGGGGCAGGCGCCGGUGCAGGGGGAGGAGAGCGAUGAUGAUGACGAUGAGAUGCCGGCUUUGGAGCCUAUUGGUGGCGCGGCGUCGGCUUCUGCGACUGGAAGCGCUGGGGUUGCGACGGCGAAUGCAGCGGGAGCGGGCGGAGGUGCGGCUGGUACGGCGGCAGGAGGAGCUGCAGGAGGAGGUGGUGCUGGUGCGGGAGGGGGAGGCACAACGACGACGACGACGCACAUCCACGUCCUCAAUCCCCACGCGAACGCCUUCGAGCCCGGCGGCGGCGGAUUCGGGCUCGGCGCCGGUCCUACGCCUCACCCUCAUACCGCUCAGCACACCCAUCACGCACACGCACACCACGCCCACCACCUCGCGCACGGCCAGCAUCAACAUGCGCACGCCCACGCACCCCCUCCCGCGGGCCAGAACCCGCUCACAGCAGCCCUAAGCGCGAUGUUCGGCCUCGCGAUCAACCAGACGCUUAACGGGCUCGCUGGCGGGUCUGAUGACGAGGAUGGGGAGGGGGAGGGUGGGGAGAGUGAUAGUAGUGGGGAGGGGCCGCCGGGGCUUAUGCCUGCUGAGCGGGAUGGUGAUAGUGAUGGGG